AACGUACGUACCAAUACUGCCAACCUUACUCGAUAUAUAUAUAUAUAUAUAUAUUUUUUUUUUCUAUAUAUCCAUAUUACAUCUACUUCAAAAUAUGACCAGAGAACUUGACUCCUUACAAUUUGAUAAAAUAUCUGAAGAAACACUAGAAUCUUUAACGGAAUAUUUUGAUGAGCUGGUAGAAAAAGCAGAACACUUGAAAGAAGCUGAUGUAUCUUAUGGUGAUGGUGUUCUAACGAUAAAAUUUGGCAAAGAUUUUGGCACAUAUGUGAUAAAUCGUCAGACUCCCAACAGACAAAUUUGGCUAUCUUCACCAAAAUCCGGACCCAAACGAUAUGACUUUAUUGCUGGAAAAUGGAUCUAUAAACACGAUGGAAGGAGUAUCCAUGAAUUAUUAGACGAUGAAAUACCAAAAAUUGUAAAAAGCCAGACAAAUUUCAGAGAGUGUCCUUACAGCGGCAGAAAAUAAUUGCAUUGAAAUUAUAAAUGAUGAAAACAUGUCUAGAUUUAUGUAAAAAGCUAUUCUUUAGAUUAUACAUACAAGAAAGAUAGUACUACUAUGUUAAGCAUGUUUGUGUGAAAUUUAAACUAUUCUUGCGUAAUGUGUCAAGCAUGAAAAGAAAAAUAAAAUUAUUUGAUUUUUCCAA